CGUCAGUUCACAGCGCCAUCUAAGCUAAAUAUACUGUAAUGGCUUCCAAACUUAGAAAAUGAAUGACGGAGAGGGCCCUGGAUCUCAGCACGCGGGACAGCUAGGCCCAGUUUCGGGGGCAUUGGGGAUGAUGACAAAACAGCAAGCAGAUGAUGUGGGCCAACGCCCGCAAUAUUCAAUGCCAGGAAUAUUGCAUUUUCUACAAACUGAAUGGGCUCGUUUUGAGAUGGAACGAUCACAAUGGGAAGUGGAGCGUGCAGAACUUCAAGCAAGAAUAGCUUUUCUACAAGGAGAGAGGAAGGGCCAGGAGAAUCUGAAGCAGGACCUGGUCAGGAGGAUCAAAAUGCUGGAGUUUGCCCUCAAGCAAGAGAGAGCCAAGUACCACAAGCUUAAAUAUGGAACAGAAAUGAACCAAGAAGAUCUCAAACCCCCAUCUCUGGAAAAGAAAGAUGAGGAAGGUAUGGAUGGGGAAGUAAUGCCGUCCGCUAGCAAUGUGUCAUGGCGCCAAGGCAGACAUUUGCUGAGACAAUAUCUUCAAGAGAUCGGAUACACAGAUACCAUUAUCGACGUGAGGUCUGCUAGAGUGCGCUCCCUUCUGGGAUUACAAGCACAUGCUGCCGAGAGUGAAGCCGAGGGAGCUCAGCCAGCAAUUGGUCAGAUGAAUGGAGAAGUGUCCAGUAAACGGGUCAAUGACCAGAGCAAAGCUAGGGGGAAGAAAGUCCCGGCUUCUCUAGUGGACUCUGCCCUCCUGGACAGUGAGGCUUCUGUUUUGGCCACUCUUGACUUUCUGGGUCAAGAUGGUAUGGAAGAUGACGAUAAUCUAAGUGAUGAGGACGAUGGCUUAGCUGCAGAUGAGGAAAGUGAAGUGAAGCAUGUAAAGAAAAGGCCAAAGAUACAAAACGUGGACAACAUUGCAAUGAUUGACGAUGACACAGAGACAGAGGAAGCGCUGGCAGAGUUUGACUUCCUGGUGGAGGAGGCCGAGAACGGCGCUGGUGAGGCCCAGAGUCAUGGCGAUGGACCAGAGUGGGUGCAAAAUGAUAAGGAUGAGUGGGACGUGGACCAGCGACUAAUAGAUAGACUAAAAGACCAGUAUAAAAAGGAAAGAAAGGGACUGAAGUCAAGACCCAAGCGAUCAGCCUUACAACAAAUGCUGGCCAAUCUGGGAUCGGACGAUGACGUUUUCUCCUCCCAGUCUUCCUCCUAUCAGAGUGGGGCUGCCUCCAGUCCGCAGAGGGGCAGUAACUCCUCUGGCUCGCCCGGAUCGAGCGGGACUGAUGUGGAUGACAUGGGUAUCCAGGGAGGAACCUCCAUCGCAUUUCCUUCAGAUUCUCGUAAACAGAUGAUUGGAUCAGACCCUGAUGAUGAAAGUUUGGAAGAUUUGGGUGAAUUAGCCGACCUUACUGUCAAUAAUGAAGCAGAUCAGAACAAUUAUGAUAUAUCAACUCCCAAGGAGGUGUAUAGGAAAACCUGGAAUGCCAAGUACACUCUACGCAGUCACUUUGACGGGGUGCGAGCAUUAGCCUUUCAUCCUGUUGAUCCAGUCCUGAUCACAGCAUCAGAAGAUCACACACUAAAACUAUGGAACCUUCAGAAAACAGUCCCUGCCAAAAAAGCCACUUCACUAGAUGUUGAACCCGUCUACACAUUUCGUGCACACAUAGGUCCGGUGUUAUGUUUAGCUGUAACUUCGACAGGAGAACAGUGCUUCAGUGGAGGACAGGACUCUACAAUCAGAUGCUGGAAUAUACCCAGCUCAAACAUAGACCCUUAUGAUUCUUUUGAUCAGAAUGUUUUAAAUUGCACAUUAGAAGGCCAUACAAAUGCAAUCUGGGGAUUGUCUGUACAUAGUUCAAAGUUGCAGCUAUUAUCCUGUUCGGCUGACGGCACAGUCCGCCUCUGGAGUCCUGGGCAGAAACCACCUCUUCUACAGAGCUACACAGCAGAGGAAGCUGACGGUGUACCGACAUCGGUAGAUUUUGUAAGAUGUGAUCCUAGCCAAAUGGUGGCCUCUUACAGUUCAUCCAAUACUUACAUUUAUGAUAUAGAGACAGCCAAGCAGGUGCUCUGCAUCGACACAAAAUCAGCCACAGAAGAUGGAGGUAACAACCAGAUCAACUGUGUGGUUAAUCAUCCCACCCUCCCCAUUACAAUCACUGCACACGAAGACCGCAACAUUAGGUUUUUUGACAACAUCACAGGAAAACUGAUCCACUCCAUGGUGGCCCAUCUGAAUGCAGUGUCUAGUUUAGCUGUGGAUCCCAAUGGUCUAUACUUAUUAUCAGGAAGUCAUGAUUGUUCAAUAAGACUUUGGAACUUAGAGAGUAAAACUUGUGUACAAGAAAUCACCGCCCACAGAAAGAAAUUUGAAGAGUCCAUUCAUGACGUGGCAUUUCAUCCUUCCAAACCAUAUAUAGCCAGCGCAGGAGCUGACGCCCUGGCCAAGGUGUUUGUAUGACAGAGGAGCGAAUUAGAGACCUGAUACGUAUAGGAACUCAAUAAAUCAUCGGUCAUCCCAAGUGCUGGCCAUUAGAGCUCCACUUAAAAACAAUCAAAGCUAUCCAACUGUACACAAAGAGGCCAGAAAUCUCUCACUUCAGAGCAAUCAUGUUCCUUUGUUAACUAACACAAAUCAAUUCCGCCAAAGUGAAGUGUGAAGAAAGGUGUGAUAUUAAUGCUUUAAACGGUCAGUGCCUCGGGCCGGUAUGGUAUUGAGCAGUGGUCAGUGCCUCAGACUGGUGUGGUGACCAGCAACGGUCAGUGGCUCGGGCCAGUGUGGUGAUCAGCUUGGAGUGAUAUCUGUGGAAGCUUAUAUGAAACAUAAUUUUGUUUUAGCCUGAAUCUAUAUACAAGACGAGAGAUGCAGAGAUAUGUACUUCUCGUUAUUGAUAACUUUGUAUCUCUCAUGUAAAACAACAUACUCUUGUGAAAAAUGUAUUUUCUUAUUGCAGUUAUUGCAUGCUCUAGACAACUAUGUUUAUAAUCAAGUUCUUUAACUUUGGUACAAAUGCAUUUGAAGAUUAUCUUUGCAACUAAGAUUUUUCUCGGGGAAAGUUUUUGUACUCAGUUCAUUCUCAUUACACAUGGCUUACAGCAUCAAUUCAUUGCAAGUUUAUCAGCUGUUUAUGUCGCAGUUUCUUAUCAUUGUGAUAUUUUGUUUCUGCAGAUAAGAUUUUUAUAUCAACUAUCUAAUAUGUAAAUUUAAAUAUGUAUUUAUUAUGAAAUUAUUUAUAAACAAGAACAAUAAUUAUGUAUGAAGUGGAUUUUAUUUGAAGGAGAUGCGAGUGUGCGAGCGUGUGUGUGUUUAUUUUGUGGUCAAAUCACUGUAAUUUGUAACAUCUUUGUCGGUCUACCUCUUGAUGGUGCAUGCAGAUGUGUAGGUAGAGAUAAUACAAAUUGGCUUCGGUGAGGUGAGCCUGGUUACGACUUCGUUUUAUUUUAUUGUCUGCGCAGACGAGAGUCGGGCAGUGUAUCACACACAUUGAUGCCAGUAUUAAUAUACUGAAGAUUGUAUCAGAUACCAAAUUUUUAAUACAUGGACAUGGAAAAUGUAUCGUGGAGACUUUAAUAUGUGUCCGAGAUGUGAUUUCAGGACCAGAAUUUUAUAGCAGUAAAAAUUGACCUGCAGCUUGGUCGUAGGAAACCAAAUCGUGGACUGAUACACUGUAUAAUUCAGCGUACAUUUAUGCCAAAACUAGCAAGUGACAAACGUAUAAAGCAAUACACAUUACAGGUAUAUGCAAGGAAAAUGGAAUUUUCAUAACACCUUUAUAAAGCAGUAGUGCUAUGUAGAAGAAUUAUACACAUAAAGGGAUAAAAACGUUCAGCUGGACUUUUGUGUGUUAGUGAAGUAAUUCGUGUUCUCCACUCAGCAAUAACAUGCCAGCCAAUCUUCUGAACAGGGAAAAAGAACAAAGAGUUAUAUUUAGCAGUUUGUGAGUGAGCGUGUCCCUGGUGCUGACAUUUGUAUAUAGUCCCCUCACUGUAUGAAAGUCCUGUAGUUUUGAUCAGGUUGUAUGAAUUGUUUUAUUGUGUGUGACUUGUCAAUCAGAAAUAUACAACAAUGUACUGUGCUUGAGUACCUUUAAGGGAAUAUACAUAGUCUAGUGUAGUCAUUAACAAAUCUAAACUUCUCUCCUCUUUCUUGUAGUCUUUCCAAAUUAAAAGGCAGAAAAUGUUAGAUCAGUGACUGUUUUGGGGGUGGGGGGUGGGGGUAUCUUUUCAGAUCAGGAACUUGUUUAAGGGAAGUAUCUACUUUGACUGAUCCUAACAGGGGUUGUCUCUUCAAUGUCUGUCCCAUGAUAUGUAUCUUUUUCUUGCUUUGAUGAAUUUUCUGUUCAGGAAAAGAAAAUUACUGACAAUUUAAUGAUUUUAUGAUACAGUCAUUUCUGUAUACAUUGGCUAAUAAACACAUUUCUACAAAUA